AUGUUCUGCCCUUCAAGGAGCAUGAUGAGGGUGUCUAAAUGCAUGUUUCCUGUCUGGCUACUGAUUAUCUACUCUUCCGUUAUUCAAGUUUUCCCAGUGUUGUCUGCAAUAUAUCCCACCAACAGCGAAGAAUACAUUGAGGUACCUGAAAAUUAUGGUGGUUCAUUCCCACUGUAUCUGAAGAAGAUAAACAACACGCUCAAUGGUGAGGCUGACAUUCAGUUGGCUGGAAAUGAAGAAGGCCUAUUUGGAAUAGAUCCAGAGUCUGGCAUUCUCUACGUCAGUAGACCCCUGGACCGGGAGAAACAAGCUUUCUACACUCUUCAGGUGACUGUAAAAGAUGAAGACAAGCAGCUGGUUUUUAACCCUGUAACCAUAACAAUAGCAGUAAAAGAUGAAAAUGACAACAUGCCAGUCUUGACCGAGGAUACGUUCUCUGGAAUUCUUAGCAAAGGGACAAAGCAAGGAACGUCUUUCAUGCGGGUCAGUGCUAUUGACUUGGAUGACCCUUCCACACCAAAUGCUGAUCUAAGGUAUAAAAUCCUCACUCAGACUCCAAGCCAACCCUUAGAGAAUAUGUUCCAGAUAGAUUCAAGGACAGGGGCUAUUUCAUUAUCUGCAGAAGGUAGCUCUUUGCUAGACUCAUCCCAGGUCAGCAAUUAUAAACUAGUUGUGCAAGUUAAAGACCUAGGAAAUCAGUCUUUGGGAUAUCGUGCAUUAGCGAACGUUGAAAUUGCAGUUGUGGAGAACACCUGGAUAACCCCAAGUCCCGUUCUCCUUCAAGAACACCUAAAUGUAACUUAUCCAAAGAAGAUUUCAAAGGUUAACUGGAAUAGCAGAGAAGUGCAUUACUAUCUGAAGGAGAGCUUCCCUCAAGGCCUUUUUUCAAUUGAUCUAGAAGGGAAUAUCUAUGUGACACGAGCACUGGACAGAGAAAGCCAAGCAGAGUAUGAGAUUCAGAUUUUUGCCGAGAACAAGGAUGGAAUGCUGUACAAUGAGCCACUAGAGCUCCUGCUAACAGUGAUGGAUGAGAACGACAAUGGGCCAGUAUUCUCCCAGGAGAUUUAUCAGGUAGAACUUAAGGAGAACACAGCCAAAGGGAGUGAGAUUAUCACAGUAAAAGCAGAAGAUGCUGAUGACCCAAAGACCAACAAUGCUAAAAUUGCUUAUGAGAUAUUGAGCCAGGAGCCUCAAGUGUCAGAAGGCUUUUUAUUUCAUAUUGGGAAAGACAGUGGAGUGAUAACAUUACAGGAUUCCGAACUGAAGACCAAUGCUGCAAAGUACUAUCACCUCCUUGUUCUCGCAGCAGAUCUUGCUGGGACUGAAGCGGGUCUCAGCAGCACUUGUACAGUCUUCAUUAAAGUUGUGGAUGUAAAUGACAGCCCUCCUGUAUUCUCACAGACAAAGUAUGGGCCAUUCAGUUUUCCUGAGGAUACAGAAGUAGGUACAUUAAUAACAACUAUUACAGCAACAGACGCGGAUGAAGAGAUGAAGUUCAAGUUCGUAAACUUUUCCGUGGAAUCAGGAAAUGAAGAUGAAAUUUUCAAAAUUCUAAGCAAUCCGCAAAAUGGCACAGCCAGCAUCUGGCUUGAAAAGGAAUUUGACUACGAGACUGUUCAGGAGUAUGUUUUGAUUGUCUCGGUGAGAAAUGAUGAAGAACUGGUUGGGAAAGAGCAGGAUGCUAGCUCUACAGCUACAGUGCAUGUGUUGGUUAAGGAUGUAAACGAAGCACCAGUGCUUACACAGAAAAGGUAUGAGGUCAGCAUACCAGAAAGUGUGGCGUUGGGAACAGUGCUACUGACUGUUAAGGCUACUGAUCCUGACAUUCACACACCAUCAUUAAGUUACUCCCUAAGAAAUGAUUCAAUGAACUGGCUUUCCAUUGAUGAGCAUUCUGGAGAAGUUAGAGUCAUGCACGCUUUGGACAGAGAAAUGAUGCAGGAUGUUUACACAGUGCAGGUUAUUGCUCAGGACAAAGGUAGCCCAUCAAUGAUGGUCACUGCUGAUAUAGCAAUCCACAUCUUGGAUGUCAAUGACAACUCUCCAUUCCUAGUAGGAGACUACGCCAAAUCCCAUCUCUGCACACCUCAGAGAGAAAAGCAAUCCAUCAUUAUCAGUGCCUUUGAUCCCGAUGGGGAAGAAAACAGUGUCCCAUUGAUUUUUGCUCUUGCCAAUAGCCCCGUGCUUCAGAGAAACUGGAGGAUCAACCUGAUCAAUGACACACAUGCUUAUCUCACCAUGGGAAUCAGUUGGCUGGAACCCAAAGUGCACCUUGUUACCAUUAUCCUGAAAGACAGUGGGACUCCAUUUAAAGCCCAACACAUUCAACUACCAGUGACUAUUUGCUUGUGUACCAUGGAAGGAGAAUGCAUGCAAGAGGUUGGAAGGAUGGAAGGGAAGCCUACAGUGAUUUCUGCAGUAAGCGUUAUCGUUGGUACCUUGGGAACUAUAGGUUUCUUCGUGCUCAUAAUCUUUGUUCAUUUGACCCUCCUGGGAGCUAAUAAAAAGAAGAAACGCAAAGCUUGUGACAACCUUUAUAGUCCAUACCAUGACACAACAAAAUAA